AUGGCAACAUCUUUUCGAAAAUGUGAAAUUGGUGAAUGUAAAAGAAAUAUAGCUGCCCUAUGCCGUCAUUGUAACAAAGAUGUAUGCAAGAAACAUUUCAAUGAACAUUUGGAAGCACUCAAAAGAGAAAUUUAUCCGAUAACUGAUCAGAUAAAUGAGUUGGCAAACAGAAUCCAUGACUUAAAUCAUGCUUCUAUAACUGAACAAUCUUAUGAUACACUAUCGAAAUGGAAAGAUGAGUGUCAUAAAGUGAUUGAUCAAGUGCAUGAUAUGAAGAAGCAAGAAAUUGAUAUUUUUGUAGAGAAAAAUUUUGUUAAACAAAAAAAUGAGCAAGUUAAAGCGGUUAAUAAUCUCAAAGAAGAAAUAAAACAAAUUAUUCUCGAAGAUGACAUUACCCAAGAUCAAAUCGAUCAAGUAAAACAGACUUUGAGAAGUAUACAGAAUACUUUCGAAGAAUUUAAACAAAAUUCUAUUCAUAUCAAAACAAAAUCAUUAAAAAUCGACAGAGAUUGUAUUCUUAUUGACGCAAGCUCAACUAUGGUCGUUGCAGAAAAGUUAUCCAUCGUAAAGAACUUAGAUUCCAUAUUUAUUGGAAGCUCGCUGUUAUCUCGAAAACAACAAGUAACACUAAACGAAUUCUAUGGUAAUUUAAACCAAAAGUGGCAAUUAAUUUACCAGGCAACGAGAGAUGGCUUUAAUCUAGACACAUUUCAUCAUCUUUGUGAUAAUAUUAGUCCAACCGUGACCAUUUAUCAAUCUAACAAUGGCGGAUAUUUGUUUGGAGGUUAUACAAAAGCAAUUUGGAAUAUCGAUCCAUUAAAGCUUCAAGAAGAUUCAACAGCGUUUUUGUUUACACUAACAAAUCCGCAUAGUAUUCCACCAACAAAGUAUAAGAUUAAAAAUCGAGAGUGUGCUUCAUUUAUGGCACAUAAUUAUGGCCCUACAUUCGGCGGUGGAAAAUCCAAAGGCAGUGAUAUAUUUGUUCGCAUGAAUGAAAAUACUGAUGUAAUUGUCAGUUUUCCUAACGCAUAUGUUGAUACGACGAACAGAGGAGAGCUGACUUUUACUGGUAGCACGAGUUUUCUUCUGUCCAAUAUUGAAAUGUUCAGAUGCAUAUAA